AUGGCGCCGCGGCUCGCUCUGGAGGCUGCGCCAGUGCGGCGCGGCGACGUCCUGUGGACUUGGGACGGCUCCAUCUCCCAGCUGGCGCUCGGCCGCUUCCCGGUGCGCAUGGUGGUUGCGGGCUACAAGCUGCCGCAGCAGGACAGGCUGGGCUUGGUGGUGGUCUCGCCGCUGGAGCCGACAGACGAGGUCGUUGCGUGGCUGCAAGACACAGGCAAUGUAAACUUUGUGGUCGCCCCAAAUAAGGCGCACUGGUGGUGGGCGGCCGCGAUGAAGGCGGCCUUCCCCGGUUCGCUGCUGGUCGCGCCGGUGGCCCUGGCCCUCAAGCGGCCCGAGCUGCCCGUGGACGUCAGGGUCACCGCCGCGGGCGUGCAGGACCUGCCGGGAAGCUGGCCGGCAGCUACCAUCGACGUCAUCUCGGUCCAGGGGCUGGCCUUCUUAUCAGAGCUUGCACUCCUGCACAAGCCGUCGUCGACGCUCGUCCUCACCGACACGGCUUUCAACUUUGACGAGCAGUGGGCCGCGGGGGCCGGCGGCCGGCUGGGGGCGGGGGUGCGGCUGUACCUGGGGCUGGCGGGCGGCCGCAGGCGCUGCUGCUUCACGCAGCCGUUCCGAUAUCUAAUAGAGGAUGCAGCCGCCCUGAAGACCAGCCUAGAUCACAUCCUGGCGGCCUGGGAGUUUGACCAAGUGUCCAUGGCCCAUGGCCAAUUCAUAUCUGAAAGUGGCAAGGACGCGUUUGUAGAGGGCACCUGCGCGUUUGUGAACGACUUGGUCAAAGCGAAGCAGCAAGGCGGCGGCGGCGGCGGCGGCGGCCCGGUGGGCGCGGGCGUCGCGACGGCGGCGGCUGUGCUGGCGGCGGCGGCGGUGAUUGGCGCGGGCGUGAGCGUCGGGGUCGCGGGGAUCCUCUCGGCCAGGAACCGGUGA